AUGGAGAGUCCACAGAAGAGAUCGUCCUCCAAACUCAACACACCAGACGCACCAGGGUCUCCUAAUCAUCCAGAAGAUUCACAGGAGACACAGAUCCUCAACCCCAACCUCAUCAACGCCGAGGCUCAAGGCACUCGGCCACAAGUCAGAACCCCAGAGCCUCAGACCAGGAGCGGAAGCGCCGGCCCAGAGGCACUUUUCACAAGCCCUGGACAGAUUCCCGAUUUCGAUUGGGACGACUUCAGGUCACAGUACGAACAGGCGCUCGCCAAAGCCAACGACAAAGAACUGGAGCUACUUCGCGAGUUUGACGGACUGGUGAAGUAUUUCAACGUAUGGGCUGCCGCGGCCUCUGCGCAUGACAACGAACGUGCUGUGAAGCGAUUGCAGACACGCCAACGAUACGUCCAGAUUGGCGAGGAGAAUCUGGCACACAGGAAGCAACAUUUUAUUACGCAGGCAGGUGCUCUUCAGAAUUUCCAAUACCGAGAUCACUACCGAGAUGAUUUGGCGGCUUUUCAUCAGAAACACUUCUCCGAGAUUUCCUUGUCGAAUUUCGCAACACAGUUCUUGUCGGCUGAGGAUCAUGACUGCACCGAAGAAGACGAUUUUGAUGAUGGACUCGGCUAUUACCCUGACGGAGUAAAGCGAACUCUAACCGAUGAGCAGAUAGAAAUAUUUAGGCACUCGGAAUUGGAGGCCGAGCGCAGAAAGGCUGAGAAAGCUCGGGACAAAGAGGACGGCGAGAUUGAAGACGAUCAAGCCAUAGCCCUCACAGAGAUCGCAUCGCUACCGAGCGGCGAGCUGGAUGCCAAAACGAAAAAGAAAAAGAAAAAGAAAGGAGGCAAAGGCAAGAAUCGUCGACAAGAGGUUAAGCCCGACUUGCGCAAGAGGACAUGGGAUGUAGUCGAUGUUGGAAUGUAUAACCUCGAUUACGAUGGAGAAGCUGGCUCAGCAACUCAUGAAGGAAAUUCAGCGAAACGGCGUCAGUCGGAAAUCCAAUCUCGUGGCUCAGCCGACGACAGCAUCAAGCUUUGCUUGGUUGCUAAGGUUGGGCCUCCUGGGAGGAGCAUGUCGAGCAAUAAUCUUCUCUCUGACCUGGCAACACCAUGUCUCGUUAAUUUUUGA